AUGUCUCACAAAUCAACAAUUUUACCAUGCUUGAUUAAAUUCAUGCCUAUUUCCCCACUGCCCCUAUCCAAGGAUGAUCCUUGUUUUAAUGUCUAUGCCUUCGAUUUGGAUCAUACGAUCAUAAAGCCAAAAUCGCCAAAUUCAAAGUUCAGCAGAAAUGCAGAUGAUUGGCAGUUUAUGAGUUUUAAUUCCAAAAAAUCAACCCUGGACUAUCUUUUUGACAUUAUUGAAAAAGACCCGAUAGCUAUUAUAGUCGUAUUCUCAAACCAAGGUGGUGUCGUUACGGUCCCAAGAACCUCCAAAAGUUGUACUAAAUAUACCAAUAAAAUUUCACUCGUGUUAAAAGCUAUUAAAUGCGACAAAAGGGGAGAUUCACUGUUAAGUAGACUGUGGUUAUAUGCGGCACCCAAAAGGUCAAAGGCUCUGGUAACAAAUAAGAAUAAGUUUACAUUUCCAAGGACAAGUAAAAAUGAUAUCGAUGAUCCCAAAAUUUAUGAAAAGGUUCGAAAACCAAUGACAGGAAUGGCAGAUUUCUUUGAAAGAGAUAUACAUAAUGCUUACGGAGUUUCAGAAUCACCGCCAAUUACUACUAGGCUGAAUUGGAUAUACUACUGUGGUGAUGCCGCCGGUAGGAAAAAAGACUUCAGUGAUUCAGAUAAAAAGUUUGCUGAGAAUUUAAACGUCGUAUUUAAGUACCCUGAAGAAGUGUUUCAAGGAUGUUGA